AAAGGGGGAAACGAAACGAAACAAGUCUGCCUCUGUGACUCUCGCCGACGGCAAGCUUUAGGGUUUUGAAGACAUAUCUGCCGUGAGCUCGCACUCUCCCUCUUCCUCGGGACGGCCCCAUCGUCGCUACCCAAUGCAACCUGUGGAAACAAAAUGAAGAAAAUGAUAGCUCUAGGGUUCGAGGGAUCAGCCAACAAGAUCGGGGUCGGGGUUGUAACUCUAGACGGUACAAUCCUUUCCAAUCCUCGUCAUACGUACAUAACCCCGCCUGGGCAUGGGUUCCUUCCGCGAGAAACAGCGCAGCACCAUCUCGAACAUGUUCUUCCCUUAGUCAAAUCAGCUCUGGAAACCGCCCAGAUUUCUUCCAAAGACAUCGACUGUCUCUGUUACACAAAGGGUCCAGGAAUGGGAGCUCCACUGCAGGUCUCAGCCAUUGUUGUUAGGGUUUUGUCGCAGCUGUGGAAGAAGCCUAUCGUUGCCGUGAAUCACUGUGUGGCUCACAUCGAGAUGGGAAGGAUAGUAACUGGGGCUGAUGACCCGGUUGUUCUUUACGUGAGUGGUGGGAACACUCAGGUGAUUGCUUAUAGCGAAGGUAGGUAUCGGAUAUUUGGAGAGACGAUUGAUAUCGCUGUCGGGAACUGCUUGGAUCGGUUUGCUCGGGUCUUGAAGCUGUCUAAUGACCCGAGCCCUGGUUAUAACAUCGAGCAGCUUGCGAAGAAAGGAGAAAACUUUAUUGAUCUUCCAUACGUUGUCAAAGGAAUGGAUGUGUCGUUUAGCGGAAUCUUGAGUUAUAUCGAAGCUACCGCCGAAGAGAAGCUCAAGAACAAUGAGUGCACCCCAGCAGACUUGUGCUAUUCCCUUCAAGAGACGUUGUUUGCGAUGCUGGUGGAGAUAACGGAGAGGGCGAUGGCUCACUGCGACAAGAAAGACGUUCUGAUAGUGGGAGGCGUCGGCUGCAACGAGCGGCUGCAGGAGAUGAUGAGGACGAUGUGCUCAGAACGCGGCGGUCAGCUUUUCGCGACUGACGACCGCUACUGCAUCGAUAACGGAGCGAUGAUCGCUUACACUGGCCUCCUUGCGUUUGCAAACGGAGUUUCCACGCCGCUGGAGGAGUCUACGUUCACUCAGCGGUUCCGAACGGACGAGGUGCACGCCAUUUGGAGAGAGAGCAAAGCAUGAAGAAGACAGAUAAUAACGUUGUCGCGUCUUGAAAAGGAGAACGAACAAUACUUGCCGUGUUUAUUUGUAAAAUUAUAUCCAUUUUUCUGUAUCCAUUUUGAGAAUUGAUUUUUGUUUUUUUUUUGUUUGUCAGUGUUAAAUUCAAUAUAGAAAAUUCCAUAACCAUA